AGGCGUUACUAAAAAAAAAAAAAAAAAAGUAUGUGUAUUUUUGUUAGGAGCCACUGGAACCUAGGCGGCUAUACUGUAUAGAUCGGUACCCUUGUUGUCGAGUGUAAGCAAGGUUGUGAUGCAUAACGUGCUGUUGUGCUGUAUGAGCACAACACGGUGCUUUCUUGUCCCAAGGACGAGCGCAAAGCUGCAACACUGAAAUGGAAAAACAAAGGAAUGUUUUUACUCGCACUUUUCCAAAGCCACUAUAAACAUUAUAGGACCAUAAUUAAAAUGUUUAUUUCCCUUUUAUUUUACCAGGUUUAUAAAAAAAAAAAAAAUGAAAGUGUACCAUUCCCUGUCUUGCAAAAUAAAGCUUUAGCGGUUUGUAUGGUGCAGUUGGGUACUGUUAUGUGCCUUUCACCUUUCACAAGAACUGCAUUUUUAAUUACACACCUCGUGUUUUCUUUCACAUUCUGUCACAUAACAUCAUUUUCAUUUGAAAAGCAAACAAAUACAUUGCUUUUACAUUUGAAGAAGUGUGUCAUUUAUCAUGAAUUAAUCCCAUUAGGGAAGUCUUUAGGAAUGUACAGUAUAUUGCAAUUGGAGCUAACUGUUCUGUACAGUUAAAACAUUGUUUUAUUAAUGGAGUUGGCACAUACCACUUGCUGGACUGCGUGGCAAGCUUAAGGGAAGCAUUUAACAAUAGGCCAAUAUGACAAGUAGAAUGCAUCAUAUGCAUCUGUUGUAAACUAUGAUGGCCACAAUUUGGCAAGUAAAAUGCGAAGGUUUCUGUAAUCCCAUUCUAAAAUCUUACAAAGCUGUUAUAAAAGACCUCAUAUGGCUGUGCUCAUUAUGAGUGUUGUCUAAAUUAUUAGCAUAGACCUUAACAUAAAAUGCCACUUUUCUUCUUUAAUUUAGAUCCAGUUAUUUUACCCUUGUUCCCUCACUGCAGUAACUUCCCACAACAGCUCAGGAAAUCUGAAGGUCAGUGGGUGUCCUCUGCUCCCACCUCCAAGCCUGUUACCUCUAUACAAUAAGAAGCUUGACAGCAGCUCACCCAAACUACCAGCCCCUCCUGGCCAGUAGGGGCUACUGUGAAAAGAAUGAAGACAAAGCAAUGUGCCUUUAAAUAUAAAUGUUUUUUUAUUGUGCUUUUAACUCUGGUAGUUAUAAAAAUCCUUUUUAAAACUGUGAUCCCGAAACACUUUUUUGUGGAGCCUUAUUGGAGGAGCUCCAAUUCUUUCAAACUCAGUCAAUUAAAAGAGACCGUCAACUGCACUGCCAUCUAUGAUGCAGAUCCAGUGGAGAUCGGCAAGACUCUGGAAAUUAGAAGGAAAGUCAUUAUUGAUUUGGAGGAUGACGAUGUCAGGGACAUGGCGGCUGACUGCCAAAGAUAUAUUAAGUUGCGACAAUAUUCGGAGAAAUUGGUUUCAGAUGAAGAGCGCCAGUUUCCGUUGGCCUACUCUCUGGUUGUGCACAAACAUGCAGGAAUGCUUGAAAGACUCCUGCAUGCAAUCUACAUGCCUCAGAAUGUCUACUGCAUCCACUACGAUCAGAAAUCCUCGCAAAGCUUUAAAGCUGCUGUCCAAAAUGUAGUCAAAUGUUUCCCAAAUGUCUUUAUUGCAUCCAGACUGGAAUCGGUGCAGUACGCUCAUAUUUCAAGGCUUCAGGCCGAUCUCAACUGUCUGUCAGACCUCCUCAGCUCCCCAGUCCAGUGGAAGUACGUCAUCAAUCUGUGCGGCCAGGACUUUCCACUCAAGCCCAACUUCGAGCUCAUGUCGGAGCUAAAGAAACUGAAUGGGGCCAACAUGCUGGAGUCAAGCAGGCCUAGCAGCUCGAAAAAGCAGCGCUUCACUUACCGCUACGAGCUUCGCGAUGCACCUUAUGAGUACCAGAAGCUGCCUUUUAAAACCAAGGAGAUCAAGGACCCUCCGCCCCACAGCAUCGAAAUGUUUUGUGGAAGUGCCUACUUUGUCUUGAGCCGCAAGUUUAUUCUGCACAUUAAUGGGAGCCAGUUAGUGAAAGAUUUUUUGGCCUGGUCUGCUGACACGUAUUCUCCUGACGAGCAUUUCUGGGCUACCCUGGUGCGAGUGCCUGGGGUACCAGGGGAGAUUCUCAGGUCCGAUCCUGAUUUCACAGACUUGAAGAGUAAGACACGACUUGUGAAGUGGAGCUACCUUGAGGGCACCCAUUACCCUCCCUGCACUGGAAGCCACAUUCGCAGCGUCUGUAUCUACGGUGCAGCAGAACUGCGCUGGCUCAUUAAUUUUGGCCAUUGGUUUGCGAACAAGUUUGAUCCUCAAGUAGACCCCGUUCUGCUCAAAUGUUUGGAAGAGAAAAUUGAAGAAAAACAAGUGCAUUGGGUAAACUUGACCAAGUGAUGUGCAUUUUCACAGCAAUGCAAACAUGUCAUUCAGAUUCCCAAAGAGCAAUUGUAUAUUUUUAUGAGCCUUUCUUUUUUUGUGACGUCUUCAAGAAGGGAAUUUGUGACACAGAGUUUUUAAGAAAUGAUUUUAAAUGCGUGAUCGUGUUACCUUUAUGCCUUUAAGUGUACUGUUUGCAGAACUAGGAAAAGCUAGAGUAAUCUCUGAAUGUCACUAUUUAAAAUUUGAAUUUUAGAAACAAUGCACAAGUCUUUGAAAUUUCUCAGGAACGAUUUAGCUUCUGCAUCUUCCAUACACGGAUGACAUUGUUCUGGCUAUCUCACUUCAGUAAAUGACUCUGUAGCUAUGUUCAUUUUUUUUACUGUACUGUACUGUUUCUAAACAAGUCUAAUACUUUUCUGGACUAUUGCUAAUCAGCUCCCUCUCUCUAUCAUGGAUGAAAGCCUCUUUUACUACUAGAUUUGAUUAGUAAGGAAUCUAAUGGCAGCUCAUUGAAGUGAAUGCUCAGGGUUAGAAACCCAGUCCUGUGCUCAGUUCAGAGUUUCAAAAAUCCUCACCAUUUAAAUCUAUUAUUUAAAAUGAUCAGGAGUCAGGAGUUUGAGAAGUUAAAACGCUCUUGAAAAAAUGUGUCUCCCCUAUAGGUGCACGAUUAACUCCUGAAGCUCCUGUGACUGGGAUAAGAGCAGUCUUUACUAUAGCAUACCUAAACAAUAUGAGCUGUGAAAGCCAGGCCUGGGAACUGGACAUGUUUGUGUUUCUAUCGCUGAUGUAUAUGUGAGCCAGUGAAACUCUGCCUGUCAUUUAUAAUUCAUAGAGCCUGCAGUAAUUGCACUAAAAUAUGGAAAAGCCACAAACUGGGGAGAAACAAAUCAAUUAUGAUUUAAAAAAAAAUAAAAAUAAAAAUCUGGGCAGAUUGGAGUACAUUUUUUAUAACCUUUUGUUGUAAUUAUGGCUUUCUUUGCAUCAUUUUGCAUAUUGUAACUGGGCUUUUCAGUAAGGAAAAUCCGGUCUUCUCUGCUAUGAUUUGCUGGCAAUAACGAAUGCUCUUAUACAGUGCCCAGGGGAACAGUGUAUACUGUAGCUAGGCAGUUUUAGGAGCUAAUGAUUCCCUGUAAAGGUCAGGCAGGUGUUCACAGGCUCCCAGAUCUGUUGGAUUUGCAGACAGCAAAUCAAAACAAGAUUUAUGACAAUCACUGCCUAUGCAAAUAGAGGAAAUGAACUUUUCAGUGAUUUAAUUUAUAUACUUUUAAGAUCAGAGUUGCAGUUACAAACAGCUGAUCUUUUGAAAUGAAUGUAAAUAAUAUAUUUUUAUAUUAGUAGUAUGUAUUUUCAGUGUAAUGUAAAGACUCUACAGCUGUACUACUUCAUAUCAGAUUCCUUAUGUGCCAAAGCUGCAUUGAAGGUCUGACAAUACAUAGUGUGAUGUAUAGGAAAUGUCACAGUUUGCCAGUUAAUCAAGUUUCCUUUGAAGAAUCUUCAGUGUUCUCUAUAAUGAAACACUUACAGUCCUGAAGGAAUUUACAUAGGGAGAAUGGUUUCUUGUGAAUGACUACAAAGAAAGCAGAAAGUAACCUACAUUUGUUUUAAAAAAAAAAAAGCUCACUGAAUUGCACUUUAAUAAUGAACGAGGAAAGACAUCUUGGAGCAUAUAAUGAUUGAAUAAUGAACCCAUAUACACUAGUGUGUGAGUACAAUAAAUGAAGCAGAGCAGAUCUAUGUGUUCUGUGAGGAUCACAAAGCACUUAUCAGCAGAUCAAUGGUUAUGCGAGCCAGAGAAGAGCAGAUAGUGGUUUUUGUGAAGGUAGUGUGGAGAGAUCCGGAAAUAAUCUGUAUUACUUUAGUCUGCAGUAUCAGAGCGCACAGUUUGGGGAGGAGAAAGGAGGGGAAGAUGAAGGGUAUAAAAACUUUUAUAACAGAAGACUACUGUCUCCAAGUCAGCCAGUGGCUGCCAACAGAACUACCAUGACAUGGAACUCUUGUAUAUUAAAAAAACACACCCAGCCACAUUCUCCUGGCUGAAUAUUACAAAUGGAAAGAGUUCUCACUGAGGGUGAAUAGAGGCAAACACUUUGUAAUUGCUUGUCCUGAGUCACUUCCUAAUUGCUGUAAUGUUAUUUUAAAACUGCUGCAUUGCAGUAAUAUUAGUUGGAAAUCCCCUGUUUUUCUUCAAAAUGCUGUCUUGCACAUAAAAAAGAAACUGUUGGCUGUGUUAUUCAGAAACCAAUGCAGUGUUCCAUCUGAGCCUCCAGUCAAGACCUACAACUCGGCAUUCAAUUAAAGUGUUUUUUUAUAUUUAUUAUCUCCUUUAUGUAGCCGUUUUUUUAAAGAAAAAUGUAA